UGAUAUAUACGAACAGACAGAAAUCGAUAGAUACAGAGAGGGCUAAAACCUAAUCGGAGUCAACGGUGGCCUGAAAGCUUGAACAAAUUCGAAUCAGAGGUUUAUCGAGGGGUAAUUAGGGUUUCCUUUUUAUGUAUCGUCAUCAAUCUGAUCAAAUCGGGGAGUUUUCAAGGUAAGCGAUUCUGUGUUUCUAUCUUGAGCGUUCAGGUACUCAAUUUGGAGUUAUGGUUAUGGAUUACAUUAUUUGAAGAGUUUUGAAUCGAAAGAGGAGGAGAUAAAGGUGUAGACGGAGCGUUUAUUUAUAUAUAUACAUAUAUAGUGCGGGUUUUUGUCAUGCGAUUAUCUCGGGCCGCUAUUCUGUCUAAGCGGAGGAAGGACCAGAGAGUGAUUCGAGCUAAACAGAAACAUAAGAGGCUUGAUGCAAUUUGUGAAAAGACGUAUACUCAGAACCGUGUUAAGAUAGAAUCUCCUAUAUUGAGUGAGGUUAAUGGUGAUGCAUCGGAGGUUAGGCGGAGUUCCAGGGUCCGACGAGCUCCGUUGGUGCUGGAUGCAUCGCCUCCUCCUCCUAAGAAGCGGAGGAGGAUAAGUGAAGCAGGUGGGGAUGGUUCUUCUAAAAGGGUUGGGGACAGGGUCAGUGUGGGUUUGAAAACCGAGUCUCCUUGUUCAACCACAUUGGGUUUGGAGGAGGAAGAAUCAGGUGAAUGGAAGUUUAGGUUGAGAGCUAGGGGUAGGAAGGUGAGUUUUAUGUUGGAGAAUUCUUCUCCCAGGAGUAAGAAAAAGCUUUUUGGUCAUUCAGAUGAUGUAAAGGAACAAUCUGAUCUGGUGCGUCCACGAGUAAACGGAAAGAAAGGGGGUUUGGUUGGGGAGACCUUGAUGGUUGUGCAGUCAAAGCGACCUGGUAGAAUCAAAGCUUCUAAUGUUGUGAGUUUUGGGCGUGAAGAGAUUGGUUUGGGCAACAGUGAUAAAAAUGGGGAAGAUACAAGAGCUUUGCAGGCAGUAAAAGACAAGAACAAGGGCUCUUUGCUGGAGGAAGUGGUAACAGAUAAUGGGGCCACUGUUGAAUUACUGGAGCAGGGGAAUGAAGAUCCAAUUAGCUUUAAUUCCAACGACAAUGCCAACAACAUGCUAGAAUCUGCUGAACAGAGUAUGCCAGUAGAGCAACUUGAAUCUGGGGAUAGAGAAAACCAAAGUUUUCAUCAAGGAGUUAUAUGUGCCCCCGAAAAUCAGGUUGGAGAUGGUACCUUGCAUGCUAAUCAUUUACAAGACGAGAACACCAAGAAGGUUGGUGAAGACAAAUAUUCUCCAACUCACAGACAUCAUAAACCUCGGAUAAAAAAGGGAAGGUGUUGUGGUCUGUGUGGGGGAGGAACAGAUGGUAAACCUCCAAAAAGGUUGGUGCAAGAUGGGGCUGGCAGUGAUAAUGAGGCAUACAGUGGUUCCUCCUCGUCUGAGGAGCCAACCUAUGAUAUAUGGGAUGGGUUUGGUGAUGAGCCAGGUUGGCUUGGACAACUCUUGGGACCCAUAAAUGACCGUUUCGGGAUUGCUGGAAUAUGGGUUCAUCAACAUUGUGCUGUAUGGAGUCCAGAGGUUUAUUUUGCUGGUUUGGGAUGCUUGAAAAAUGUGAGAUCAGCUCUAUGCAGAGGAAAGGUAUUAAAAUGCAGCCGAUGUGGGAGACGAGGAGCAACAAUUGGAUGCCGUGUGGACAGGUGUCCAAAAACUUAUCACCUGCCUUGUGCUCGUGCCAAUGGUUGCAUCUUUGAUCAUCGUAAAUUUCUCAUAGCCUGCACAGACCAUCGACAUCUAUUUCAACCUCAUGGCGGCAAGUCCAUUGACAGGUUAAAGAAAAUCAAAUCUAAGAAGAUGAAGUUAGAAUUGAGAAAGCUGUCAAAUGAUGCCUGGCGCAAGGAUCAUGAAGCAGAAGAGAAGUGGUUAGAGAACUGUGGGGAGGAUGAAGAAUUUUUAAAACGUGAGAGCAAAAGGCUUCAUCGAGAUUUGUCGAGGAUUGCACCUGUUUAUAUUGGAGGGUCUACAACAGAAAGUCAAAUGCCUUUUCAAGGUUGGGAAUCUGUUGGUGGGCUUCAAGAUGUCAUUCAAUCUUUGAAGGAGGUUGUUAUAUUGCCGCUAUUAUAUCCAGAGUUUUUUAAUAAUAUUGGGCUUACUCCUCCUAGAGGAGUCCUUUUGCAUGGAUAUCCUGGAACUGGUAAAACUUUGGUUGUUCGCUCAUUAAUUGGUUCAUGUGCCCGUGGUGAUAGACGGAUAGCUUAUUUUGCUCGUAAAGGUGCAGAUUGUUUAGGGAAAUAUGUAGGUGAUGCUGAGCGUCAGCUAAGGCUGCUAUUUCAGGUUGCCGAAAAAUCUCAACCCUCUAUAAUAUUCUUUGAUGAGAUUGAUGGGUUGGCGCCUUCACGCACUAGGCAACAAGACCAGACACAUAAUUCAGUUGUGUCAACCUUGCUUGCUCUACUGGAUGGUCUAAAAUCUCGAGGUUCAGUUGUAGUAAUAGGUGCAACAAAUCGUCCUGAUGCUAUUGAUCCAGCUUUAAGGCGCCCAGGGAGAUUUGAUAGAGAAAUUUAUUUUCCACUGCCUUCAGCAAAGGAUAGGGAAGCAAUUCUAUCACUUCAUACACAGAAAUGGCCCACUCCUGUGGCUGGAUCAUUGCUGAAGUUGAUUGCGAGAAGAACGGUGGGCUUUGCUGGUGCAGACCUGCAGGCUCUUUGUACUCAAACAGCUAUUAUUGCACUGAAGAGGAGAUGUCCCUGGGAUAAACUUCUCUCUGCUGCUGAAGAUAAAGCUCCUUAUGGUAAACGUCCUGUUCUCCCCACGUUUGCAGUACAGGAGAGAGAUUGGUUGGAGGCUCUUUCAAGUGCACCACCUCCAUGUUCUCAGAGAGAAGCAGGAAUGGCGGCAAAUGACAUAGUGUCGUCUCCCCUCCCUGUCCAUCUUUUUCCUUGUAUGCUGCAACCACUUUCCAGAUUGCUUGUUUCAUUGCAUUUAGAUGAACGUGUCUGUUUGCCACCUUCUCUUUCUAAAGCUGCUGCAACGAUCAAAACUGUAAUUGUUUCUGCCUUGGACAGAAAGAAAGAGAACAGUGACUGUUGGUGGUCUCAAGUUCAAGAUUUGCUCAAAGAAGCUGAUGUUGCAAGUGAUGUAGAAUCCAAUCUUGUACGUGUCAAUGUUCUUGUGGGGAACAGUACCUUUUCUGGUUUGGAUGCCUUUGAUGAUGAUACCAACGACGAGGGCAUGAAGACAUCUGGAGCUUCUAAACUGCACAAUGGAUUUUUGCAAAAUAAUUUGGUACAUGGUGUAUCUCUUCAAUUGGGAAAGAAACCAGGCUUUUGCUUAUUGAUUUCUGGAAGUCCAAGAAGUGGCCAGAGGCAUCUUGCUUCUUGCAUUCUUCAUUCUUUUGCUGGAAAUGCUGUGCUUCAGAAGGUUGAUUUGGCUACAAUGCUGCAGGAAGGAGGCGGAGACAUGGUUCAGGGGCUGACUCAUAUAUUAGUAAGAUGUGCCAAUGUUGGUCCGUGCAUGAUAUUCAUGCCAAGAAUUGAUUUGUGGGCCUUAGAUGCAUGCCAUCAAGUUGAUGAAGAGGAGAAUUGUUUCUCAUCAAAAACCAUUGGAUCAUCCAAGGCUGACCCAUCCCGUCUGAUACAACAUGAAGUCGCUGAUGAAGAAAAGGAAUCCCGUCCAAAAUUGUGUACAUCUUUGGAAAACAUGGGAAAAUCUCAAGAUCCCGUCUUAUUGGCCUCUGAUCUUUGGAACUCUUUCGUUGAGCAGGCAGAGUCCAUACUCAUCUCUGCAUCCUUGAUGAUCCUGGCUACAACAGAAGUUUCAUUUGAAUUGCUCCCCUCAAGAAUAAAGGAUUUCUUUGGGAGAAACAAACCAAACCCGGGUCUUUUACAUCACACGGAGAGUACUGUACCCAGAUUCUCUGUACAUGUUGAUUGGAACUUCAACCGUGAUAUGGUUAUCGGUUCAUCUGCAACAAAGUUAUCAAAUGAUGUGGCUCGAUAUUUUGUUGAGCUGAUUCAUCAUAAAACACAUAUUCAUGAAAGUUUAUUCAAGGCUAAUAAAUCUUUUGACAUCGUUGAUGCUGAUGUGAAUAUGGUACAACUUAACCGGGAUUCUGACACAGCCAUAGAAUAUAGGUCUAAAAUUCAAAGUUCUUCACUCCCACCUAACAAAAAAGAGGAGAAAGGAAAAUCAAACUUGCUGUUAGCAAUAUCGACAUUUGGCUAUCAGAUCUUGCAAUAUCCUCAUUUUGCUGAACUUUGUUGGGUAACAUCCAAGUUAAAGGAAGGCCCGUCUGCUGAAAUCGACGGGCCUUGGAAGGGCUGGCCAUUUAACUCUUGUAUUGUUCGACCUAGUAAUACGUCAGAAAAGGUAGCGGUUGUGAGUGGCUCCAGCAAUGUUAAAAGUAAAGAAAAAUAUGGUUUAGUUCAUGGCUUAGUUGCAGUCGGUUUAUCAGCAUAUAGAGGUGUGUACUCAUCAUUACGAGAAGUUUCAGCAGAUGUUCGGAAGGUUUUGGAGCUUUUAACGUCACAAAUUAAUGCUAAAGUUGAGGGUGGGAAAGAUAGAUACCAAUUCUUUCGUCUUCUAUCUCAAGUUGCUUAUCUUGAAGAUUUGGUAAACAGCUGGGUGUAUUCGCUGCAGAGUCUUGAAGCACCUCCUCAACUAACGGAGGCCAUUCCGAAGCUCGAUGAGAGCAAGACUUGGAAGAACGCUCUUGUUCAAGGUGAUGAUUGCAUUGAAAAACCCUCGCAAUCAGAAUCUAUUGACGUCCUCUAUUCGAAGGAAGGAGAUAAAUGCACUGUUGUUGAUGAAUCGAACGUCAUUAUAGAAACUCAAGAGUCUACUACCUUCAAGGAUCAAACGAAUGAUCAUUUAGUAACGGAGCCAAAUGGAGUUGGUGUAGAAUCGGCUAAGUUACAAAGUGUUGAGAAUCAUUCAGAGCUUAGGUCCAUGGAACAUUCUAAUGGAUUCACAUGUGAAGAAUCAUGUGCUUUACCCGAUGAUGGUCUUUGUAGCCCAGCGAGUUUGGAUGGUGUGAAGUCGUGUAAUGCUGGUAACGGUUUUGAUGUUCCAUCCAAGAUUAAUUCAGACGAUAAAGGGAAAAUUCUGGAUAUCGAUAUCCCAACAGACCAAGUUUCAAGAUUUCCAGCCACUCCAACUGGUGUAUGCUUGUAUCGGUUUUGCUCCAAAUGCCUAUUCAACCUCCAUUCUGUGAUGCAAAGAACUCUAGAAUCUCAAUGGGACAAAAAAUCAAGUAAUUUGACAACGGAGGACGUUCAUGAUGUCGUAACUUCAUUAUCUUUGAAUCUUCAUACGUCUGUAAGGGAAUUUUGUCUCUCUGCAAGUCUUGAUGUUUCUAAGAAUCCAUAUGUGAAGAAUAUCAAGACAUUUUUUGGAGGUCAGGAAGUCGGGACUUGUGAAUGUGAAGUUUCUGGAAAUAGAGCAGACAUGGGAAUGGAGUGUGGUUGUCAUUCAGAAAGCGGCAGCAUAAAUGGGGUACGUGGAGUUGAUUUGGAAUUAAUAUACAAAAAUGGUGUACUCGCGAUGCUAGACCGUGAAACGGAUGUUUCUUUUCACUGUAAAUUUCAGACACUAUGCCUUUGUUCUCUUAUAGAGUAUAUAGUAAUGACCAAGCAGCCUUCUGGUUGAUG